GGUACAGCAUUGGAGCCAUUUACGAACGCACAGUCACUGUCAACCCCACCCCCUUCAACAUUCAAAGAUGGCCAUCGACGUUGCUGCGUUCUUUGGCGCCCAGCGCAAUGCAGAUGCCGCGCACGCUGCCGAGUGGACGACCCUCGAAGAUUACUACAACCGAAAGCUGUGGCAUCAGCUCUCAAUCAAGCUGUUCGAGCUCCUGUCAGAUCCGACCACCCCAACAUCACUCGACAUUUACAACAACUUUCUGCUCGACUUUGCAAACAAGCUCAACCAGUUGACCCUUGUCGACAUUUGCUUGAUCAUUGUCAACCGCAUGACAGAUGCCCAUGCCGCCGUCGAGUUUUUGCGAAUGCUGGCAGAGAAGGUCAAGCGCGACAACGCUGCGUACAUUACCACCACCAUGGUCAUUGCUGAUCUCCACAUUGGGCCCGCUCUGGCGGCUCCUGCCACAACGAAAGAGCUGCUCGAGGAGGUUGGCGCCCUGCUCGAAACCAUGGAUCAUGUCGAUCUGCGCAUCUUCUCCUCGUAUUACCGCGUUGCUGCCUCGUACAAUAAGGUCAAGGGCUCGUUCUCAGAGUUCUACAAGGACACGCUUCUCUUCCUCGGAUGCACCGACUUGGCAACGCUCCCGAUUGCAGAGCAACAGGUUCGCGCGUUCGACCUGGCGCUUGCAGCGCUUCUGGCGGACGAUAUUUACAACUUUGGCGAGCUGCUUGUGCACCCCGUUCUCGACUCGUUGCGGUCGACCGAGCAUGCCUGGCUGGUAGACUUGCUGUUUGCUUUCAACUCUGGCAACAUUGCCAAGUUCCAGCAAUUGGCACCUCACUGGCGCAAGCAGUCGGAUCUGGCCGCGCACGAGAAAAAGUUGACAAACAAGCUUGCACUGCUGGCUCUGCUCGAGCUUGUCUUCCAACGUCCCGCAGACACGCGCACUGUCUCCUUCCAGGAAAUUGCUCAGCACACAGUCUUGAACGUGUCGGACGUGGAGCACUUGCUGAUGAAGGCACUUGCAGCUGGACUCAUCCGCGGCUCGUUGGACGGCGUGUCGCAAGCUGUGAGCAUCACCUGGGUUCAGCCGCGCGUGCUCAACACCGCCCAGGUUGCUGAUAUGCGCGACCGUCUCGCUCAAUGGUGCCGCCGCGUGAGCGAGGUGUCGUCUUUGGUUGAAUCUGAUGCGUCCGAGUUGAUUGUGUAGCGAAAGAACAAGCAAAACGAAGUAUAAACGUUGAGAUUCUGCAGAGUG